GAGCAAGGAUCAUCACUAGGGCGACGCCAUUUUCGCUUUGAAUUUGACUCUUCUCUGUGUCGUUACACGAAAAUAUUAAGUUUCAUAAACAAAUAACAUUUAUUUAUCAUUUAUAAGUCGCCAUAUAUUAAUUAUUAUGAAUAAUGCAAGGUGUAAAACAUAAGUUUUGUGAAUUCAACCAAAUACCUGUGACAAUUUUACAUGCGCGGGAAAUGUGACUGCGUCUGAUAUCAUUCCUGUGAAUUUUAUCUCAAAUUAUUUAAAAUUUCUGCAUAAAUAACUUUUUACAAUGAUACCUACUAAAACCCGAAGAUACAAAGGCUUGAAGUUGCCAAAAAACUUAGAACGUGCAUACAAAGAAGGAAAAUGUCGUGAGUGUGCUGUUGUGUUAACCCGAAUGGACUUUGCCAAGAUACUGGGCAAAUUUACUAAAGUAAAAAUCCAAUAUGAAGUGCGUAGUACUCCUAAAGUAAGAUCUAAUGAAAUACCUAGAUUAAGAUGUCACGAAAAUGGUUUGGUACACAAGAACAAUAAUGAACAAAAACCUCCCAAGGAUGUCAGCAGCUUGAGGAAAUCAAAAACAAGCGACACUUUUACACCGAAUUCUAUAAACAAUGUGUUAAAAGAAAAUAAUAGGAUUAAGACACCUAUAAUAAAAGAUAAAAAUUCCAAUUAUGCAAAUAAAGCAACCGUUGAAUCCGAUUACAAGCAAUUUGCCAUUGUGUUCACCACCCCUACUGUUAAUGAUAAUAAUGAAAUUAAAAGUGAUAUAACCCUGGUGGAAUUGCUACCUAAUAUUGAUGAUACUAUACUGCCCUCUGAAGAUUGGUGCAUAGAUUACUUUCCCAAAAAUGAUGAGCCAAAGGAUGAUAAAGUGUAUGAUCGAAUAGCAGCAGAACUAGAGGACUUAAUGAACAGUGGAAAACCACUUGUAAAGUCUGAUGACAAGGCUGAUGAUUUUCCUUCAAUCAUGGACAUACUCAAUGACAAUGGGUCUGGUGUAUGUAAGCCCAAUGAUCAGGUUGGGCCUAUUGACUUCAAACCGGACUUGGAGUCUAAUGAUGUGGAGGCUAUGCUACUUGGCAAGUCAAAUGAGGAAACAAAAUCAACAGAGCCAACUCCUAUGGAUGUUGACAAUCAUGACAUGAGUAGUUUGAUUCCUGAUGUUGAUCAAUUUAAUGUUAUUCAACCUGUCGUUCCAACUAGUCCCAAUUUAACAGAGCCUGUGAAUAAUGAAGUCAUUGAAAAUCCUCACAGUCCAUCAAUACUUGAUGAGGCCCUUCAGAAAGGCAUUGAAGAACAUCUCCCACCAAGUAACCUCAAUGAGGUUACUCAACCGGAAGAAAACAAAGAAAAGAAUGAAACUGUGAAAACAGAUGAUGACAUACCACAAACCUGCAUAAACCCUAUUGCGAAUCCAGAACUAGAUUCUAGUAAAGAAAUGGAAACAAAUCAAAACCAAUUUACUAAAGAUAAAUGUGUUAAAAAUAGUACAUUAGCUUCUAAAGCUGCUAUUAUAGCACAAGUAGUGUUUAAAAAGACAAUAGAUGGUAAAUGCCAAAAAUCAGUUACAUUUAUGAAAAAUUUAAAAUACACUGUGGAAAUACACGGGAAAUCUAUUGAGUUCCUCGGAGCUCCUAAAUCUAUUUCAAGUUUGAAAGAUUUACAAAUUCUAUUACAAAUAGUAAAUGAAAGUGAACUGAAAAGUUUCAAUGUAUUGCAAUAAGCAAAUUAAAGACAUCUCAGUUUUAUUAUUAAUGUGACAAAGGUAUAAACAAUUUUCAUUUUUAAUAUUGUAAAAUUAUAUAGUGCCUCUAAAAACUGUAUAGGUAUCCAAUACCUUGUGUAAUAUAAUAAUAGUUAAUUCCCUAUGAUGCAAGUGCCGGAACCAGAGAAGUUUCACAGUACCAUAUAAGUCUAUAAUAUUGGGAAAAAUAAUGUUAUACUAUCAAAUGUUAAUUAAUGACUGAUGUAAUUUAUUAGAGGUACAGAAAUACAUAUGUAUUUUACAUAAAAUGAAAAUAUUAUUGAAAUUAGUGGUAUAAAUCAUUAUUUUUAAUGUUACUUAAUAUUUAAAUUUAUUUUAGUUUUAGUUAAUUAUAUGAACUUCAUAUUUUUCUUUGAGGCAAUAUUUUUCUUAUUUAUGAAUAUUCUGAGAACUGCACUAGAAAAUUAAAUUCUUUUGCUUGAUAACAUGGGUACACUAACAAAAUUCCAUAGCGAACUAGAUUUGUGCAGUUAUUCCCAAUCUAUCAAUUUAAUUUUCUAAAUGUUAUUUCAUAUUUUACAAAAUGUGCCCAAACUACAAAGAACUCCUGAAGAGAAUGAAACCAAUAAGAGUUCUUGAGUGUUUUAACCAUUUGAUAGUGUUAUAUUGUCUAUUUUGAAGUAAAUUGCUUAUUACAUAGAGGUAAUUUAAUUCAAUUACUAUUAAUCGCCCUAAUACUAAAAUAUAUAAAGCCUUACCUACCAAAAUUUAAUGUAUUUAAAAAUGGCGCUUUCUUGAGGUGUAUUAUGUCACAGAUAAAAAAAAAACUAUAGCUACCUACUUUCCUGGUAACUAAAUAUGGUGCAACAGUAAUGGGUAUUACAUCUCAAAGAAUAGGUAAUGAAUUCACCUAAUAUUCUACUAAAAUAUGAUUAAAGAUUCACUGAUUUUGUUUAUCAUACAUCAGAAAAAAUAUUAGGAUAGGUCAAGAAAAAAAAAUAUAAGAAAACUUAGAGGGAGCCUAGAUGUAUGAUGAAUCAAUUCGAACUUUUUUUAUUUAACUUGUCUGCUCUUAUAAUUGUGAUGCAUUUCUAAUAUUUGCAAAUGGAGCCUAAAUAAAACACACAUACACACACAAUGAAA